AUGUCACAGCCACACCACCCGAAGGACCUGGAUCAGGGGGGGGCGCAGAACACAUCGGCGGGGGGGGCAACAGGGAGGGCACCAGCAACCGCCCCCCCACUCCCCUGCAACGACGCAACCACAAACGCCCCCCCAGCCACCUCCCCCUACGUCAUGCCCCCCUCCACCGCCCCCUAUCCCCCUUCGGCACCCACCCCCACUGCUCCCUACCCCUACCCUACAACCAGUGCCACCCCUUACCCAUCCACAAGCACUGCCCCCACCCCAUCCACCGCCCCCUAUCCCCCUACGGCGCCCAACCCCACAGCUCGCCACUCUUACCCUACAACCACUGCCAACCUUUACCCAUCCACAAUCACUGCCCCCACCCCAUCCACCGCCCCUUAUCCCCCUACGGCGCCCAACCCUACGGCUCGCCACUCUUACCCUACAACCAGUGCCAUCCCUUACCCAUCCACAAUCACUGCCCCCACCCCAUCCACCGCCCCUUAUCCCCCUACGGCGCCCAACCCCACAGCACGCCACUCUUACCCUACAACCACUGCCAACCUUUACCCAUCCAUAAGUAUUGCCCCCACCCCAUCCACAGCCCCCUAUCCUGACCCGACAAGCCCCCCUUUGCACCCCACUCCCUUCUCCACCCCCCUCACCCACGGCCAGUCCACCAAGCACCUGAACUAUGGCCUAAAUGUGGGACCCAUCCAUCAAGACUCGUCGGAGACCGGAGGGGCAGAAGUGACUGAUAGGGAGCCUGUCGUCGCCGCCCAGGUCAGGACGAUUUACUGCAGCAAGGGAGUGAAGGUGGUGCAGUUCCUCUUUGCCAUGGCGAUCGUUGUGGGUGUGGGUUACCUGCUGGCGCUGCUCAUUGGCAAGAUGUUCUGGUGGUAGGAUGUAAGCUCAUUCUUGAACCUAUCGACCCCCCCAGUUCGCCUCUUUGAAUACCCUCUCGUGGAAGUUGCCGGGCUUUUCAUGGACUGUUUUGUGAUCCUGGUGAUAGUUUGACACGACCUCUGCACUCGUGGACUUCUUGAACGUCUUGCCCCUCAGUUCACCUACUAGAAAAGCCUCUCGUGGAAGUUGCUGGACUUUUCAUGAACUCUUUUGUGAUGCAAGGGAUAGUUUUACACGACCUCUGCACCCUCAGCUGGAAAAUCGCCCAAGAAAACCUGGUUACUCGUUCCUGUUGCCCUGGAAAAUACUCGUAAUGGGAGCCCGAUACGCUUAAGAAUAUGAAUCUAGCGAGGAGGAGAAAGAGAGGAAGGUGAAAAGGAUGAAGUGUGUGUGUGUGUGUGUGUGUGUGUGUGUGUGUGUGUGUGUGUGUGUGUGUGUGUGUGUGUGUGCAACGGUGCCUUCCUCCACCCUCCCCUUCCAUCGGUGAAUGUCCCUAGUGAUUGAUUACUCUAUUGAUCGGCUGUUACUAUCCUAAACUUUAUCUUGCUCUAUCUAACUUAUUUACUCCCCUUUAUAUUAACUAUUGGCACUGGCUAUUUGCAUCCUCUAUCUUGCUGUCUACUCCGUCCAUAUACCUCUAACUGUCUGUCGCAUGAGGAGCUUAAUUCCUAUAGACAGACACAUACGGGUAGCUACACUUUCUACAACGUAUGUGGCGCUGCAUGAACUAACCUGUAAGUGCUGUGUAUAUGUGUGUUAGUGUACGACUCACCUUAAAGGGCGGCUGUGUCGGUGCCCUGUGAGGAUCAAGCAGGAGUACAGUGUUGCCACGUUUUUUAACCCCACGUUGGUUCUCUCUCUCUCUCUCUCUCUCUCUCUCUCUCUCUCUCUCUCUCUCUCUCUCUCUCUCUCUCUCUCUCUCUCUCUCUCU